CGCAGUCGGACCGCAGGAGAAGUUGGCAGCAGGAAUCAUCGGCUCAAACAUCUGUUUACGAACGACUUGUGACGCGUUUCGUGUACAGAUGGAGGCGUCCUCCUCACAGAGCAGAGGUAGUGGCAGGGGCCUGUGGAACAACGCCAGGCCUGCUCCGUACAGCAAGGACACCCAGGACAUGCUGAGAUUAAUGAUGCAGGAGUCACAGCUCAGCAACCUCCAGAGAAAACAGAUCAAUGAAUGUCUGAAAAAUGGAGCAGCUUUGCCACUGGUCCCUGACCACACGUCACCAACCGCUCCCGCUCAGCCUAAAUCCAGUAAAUCUGUCCACAAACACCUGCCAGGCAAGCCUCAGAGACGCAGCGCUGAGUCAUGUCGUUCUGGGAACAGCUACGUCAGAGAAAGGUUCUGGCCCGCCCCGACCAGAGACUUGGAGAAGGAGAAGAGGAGGCUUCAGCAUAUGAUGGCAACAGGACAGGAAGAGCCCACAGCUGCAUCUUCCCCAAAUGUUCCUACAUGCUGGAGCUCAGGAGUGAUGGAGGAGAGAGACCGGUACCAGGAGGUUCUGGACGAGAUCGAGGAAAGGCGACAGUUUCUGUCAGAAAUGGCUUCUCUAGGUCAGGAGAAGAAGUACAUGAGUAUCAUCAACACUGAAAUAUCCCAGAAAAUAAGAGAACUGGAGGCUCUGGAUAAGGACCACAGCGACGUCCAAAAAGAGGGAACAGCGUGCACCGCGGACGACACAUAACAGUGGAGACCAACUGCUGGUCGUUACUUUAAAAUCAUGACGUGUCCUCUAAUAACACAGAGGACAUGUCAUCUUCAUCUUUGGCACCUGGUGGAUUUCUUUUCCUCACAUCCAGUUGUAUUUUGUUUAAUCUUGUUAAAACAGUCUGAUGUCCUCUUGGGAGGAGGAAGUGUCUCUGCAAAAUAAAUCAAAACAACCUACACAAAACAUAACAUACACCCGUACAGUUGAGGCAUAUAACGGUAGUAAAGACGAAAAAAAAGGUCAGAAUGUGAAAGUGUUAAACUCACAGAAGACAGCAUAAUCUGGUUGGA